CACAACGCAAGCUGCAGCUACUAGCUCCAACUAGUUGCAUCAGCUACACAGGCAAGGCCGCCUCAGCACCGAGAGCCAAGUCGAUCGCCGCAGCAAUGGCGUCCACCAACAGCUGGACCCUCGAGAUCGCGUCGCCGGUAGCCGCGCCGCGCCUGUUCCGCGCCGCCGUGACGGACUGGCACACCCUGGCCCCCAAGGUCGCCUCCCACGUCGUCGCCAGCGCCCACCCCGUCGACGGCGAGGGCGGCGUCGGCAGCGUCAGGCAGUUCAACUUCACCUCCGCCAUGCCGUUCGGCUUCAUGAAGGAGAGGCUCGACUUCCUGGACGCCGACAAGUGCGAGUGCAAGUCGACGCUCGUCGAGGGCGGCAGCAUCGGCGUGGCCAUCGAGACAGCGGCGUCGCACAUCAAGGUGGAGCCCGCGGCCGACGGCGGCAGCGUGGUGAAGGUGGACUCCACCUACAAGCUGCUGCCGGGCGUGGAGGUGAAGGACGAGAUCGCCAAGGCGAAGGAGUCGGUCACCGCCAUCUUCAAGGCCGCCGAGGCCUACCUCGUCGCCAACCCGGACGCCUACAACUAAAAUCAAUGGAACGGGAUGCCAUUGCCUUUCCAAUACAGCUUGCAGUUUUUUAUGUUCCUUUUUUUUAUGCAAAAUAAAGCUGCUCUAAGCAGCGUGUCAGCACUCAGCAGAGUGAUGUGGUGUGUGGAGUGUGGGUUUGAGAUGUUAAAAGUGGUUUGUACGAAGCUGUCGCUGCUUGAUCAUGUAUACUCUUGUUUUCUACGGGAACUAAAAGGUUACAAACUAGACUGCACGGACUA